AAGCCUUUUGAUUUUCCUAUUCCUCCUCCUCCUUCAAUCAUGAUUUUGCUUUUUCCAUAGUGUUUGUUAUUUGGCUCUCAACUGCACAGAAAUAGCUACAGAGCUGACUGUAUACCACAAUUAACCACCGCAAUCUUCCAGGAGAAUAGAAGUAAGAGUGACACCAUGGUCUCGGCAGGUCUCCAGCUCCUUGCUUUCAUCCUGGCCUUGUCUGGGGCCUCUGGAGUACUCUCUGCCACUCUGCUGCCAAACUGGAAGGUUAAUGCAGACCUGGGCUCCAACAUUGUAACUGCUAUUGUACAGGUGCAUGGCUUGUGGAUGGACUGCACCUGGUACAGCACUGGGAUGUUCAGCUGCACUCUGAAAUACUCCAUCCUGUCGCUCCCCAUCCACGUGCAGACUGCCAGGGCCACCAUGGUCCUGUCCUGUGUUCUGUCUGCUUUGGGGAUUUGCAUCUCUAUAGUAGGAAUGAAAUGCACUCAUUUAGGAGGGGACACACACACCAAGAGUCAGAUUUCCUUUGCUGGAGGUGUCUGCUUCAUCACUGCAGGGAUCUCUGGUUUAAUCCCAACAGUGUGGUACACCAAGGAGAUCAUAGCGAACUUUCUAGAUCUGACUGUUCCGGAAAGCAACAAAUAUGAACCUGGAGGAGCUGUCUACAUUGGGUUCAUCUCGGCGAUGCUACUACUUUUCUCUGGUAUUAUUUUCUGCACUUCUUAUAUAAAAAAGAAUGCAGAACCAUGGAUCUACCCUCCCAAGCAGAAACAUCUCUCUUCCUGGCAGCCAAGGAGCAGUUUAGCAUAUAACCUGAAGGAUUAUGUGUAAAGAGCUGUGCAGUGACUAUGCAGUAAGGCUUCUGGGAGCCUGCUAAAAUGUUAUUAGAAUGAAGAAAAGAAACCACACUUAUGCCUAACUUCCUGUACAGAGAGUAAAAAAUAUUAAAAAAAUUAUGAGGUACUUUAACAUGCCAACAAACUACCACAUACACUAUAUCUGUCUUGAACUUUGUUAUUUUCCCAAUACUGUAUUCAUGUUUUAUUUAAAAGUAUAUAAUUGAAAGAGGACCUGACUAUAUUAGUAAGGCAAUGGGUGACAGUAUUAAUUUACUUUUAAAGGUAACUUUUUGAUUUUUUUUAAGGUGAGUCUUUCUUAAUUACAAAGUAUAAAAUAUUUUUGAUCAACACUAUCACCAAGGGAUGUUGAGAA